AUUACCAUACGUCGUAAACAAAGACAAAGCGUAAUGUGUCUCUUGCAGCCGAAAUAAUUUAAUUGUUGGAGGACGAUUUGUGAUGUUUUAUCGUCGAUAUUUUAUCCUGGUGCUUAUAACAUCAUGGUGUGACUCUGGAAAUUUUGCUAACGAUGACAAUCAAUGGCCUAGUGGUAACUUUGGUUUACCUAAAGCUAAAACUGGAUGUCCUGGUGAUUGGAAAAGUGGAUGGCGUGAGGGAUGGAGGUUCCAAGAUAUGGAGGAUGGAUAUCCAAGUUCAGUAGCGUCAGUUGAAAAUCAUAUGGCUGUUACCUUUCCAUUCAGACGUUCAGGAAUAAAUAUCAAUCGAACAUUUUGUAUGUUGAACCAAAUCAAUAAGAAAACAAGAUCUUGGCCCAAGGGUACGUAUUGUAUUUACAAGUCACGAAAUACAAUCUGUCCUAAUGGUAUGAGUCAUGGCUUUGUGAAGUGGGACGAUGAAAACAAGUACAAUAUAAAUAAAAAAGGAGGAUACUUACCUGACGGCAUCUAUAAUAGAGACACUAGAAUUUAUUACUGCUGUCAAACAAAUGGUAACUGGUAUGAUUCCAUUGAAUUGCCAGUUAUCAAACCUUUUUAUUUGUUGACAUCCAGUUCAUUGUUAUCUCCCAAAUGUCAAAUGGUAAUGUGGGCAACAAGUCAGAUGGAGUAUAUUUUAUUUAAUACGGAGCAUAAUAACAAUAGAGACUAUUUUUCUGGAAAUCACGUGUUCGAGGACACUUCUGCUACAUAUAACAGCCGUACAAAGCUGUAUUAUUGUUAUUACAAAGACUGCCGUGAUUCAUUGAUUGGGCCCAGUGGUUCAAUAUCUUCAUACAACAUUGCACAAAACGAAAUGGAUCCACAUUCUCAAUAUUGUUCAUGGCUAAUUACUGUAGCAGAAACAUUUGUCAUCUCCCUGAAAUUCUCGAUAUUAAAUAUCCCACAAUGCAACGAUGCAUUUCUUUUUAUAUACAAUGGUCCUAAUAAUACCUCGCCUCUACUUGGUAAAUAUUGUGGACAAAAUGCAACUGCAGGAAUGGAAAUACGUUCUUCAACAAACUAUUUGUUUAUCGUGGGUAACUCUGGUAGCUAUGGCUCACGUCUGAAAAGUGUGUUUGACUUUCAUGCUGAUUAUAAUUCCGAGCAUGCAGAAGUCUGUCAUCGCGACGUCAUUGAAAAUUCUGGCACCUUAAAAUCACCAAUAAUUGACACGCCUGUUGGUUAUCCUCGUCGCUCAAAUUGUUCGUGGUUGAUAACUGUUGAUGUGGAUAACAUAAUUAUGUUGAAUUUUUCAAUGUUAAAUGUCGGUGAUGACGACCUCACAAUUUACGAUGGAAUAAAUUCCAGUGCACCUCUCCUGAGAAGAUAUUUUGAAAACUCCAAGUACAACACAUCGCUGGUGUCAUCAACCAACAGUAUCUACAUUUUACUGAAGUUUGUUAAUUAUAAAAGAACGGAUUUUGUUUUGGAGUACAACAAUCAACCAAGACCAACAGAAGAAGGAAAGACGACAACGUUACCCAGCAGUUUCACCUUUGCUUCUACUACACAAGACCAUGAAAAAAGGGCAAAAAGUAGAGAGAAUCAACGAACAACGUACAUAAUUGUUGCUGUUGUUAUUGCAGGGCUUGUGUUGGUGAUUGUUGUUAUUGUAAUCAUCUUCUUAAUAAGAAAGAAAAGGAUCGGAACAAACAAGACGUUCUUUGCCACGAAUCUAUCCUAUAGUUUUAGGAAGGAAACCAGAACAAAGAGCAAAAAUGACGAAUCCACCGAAUACGCUGUUCCAUCAUCCCCUCAAGAGAAAAUAUGGAAUUCCGGUUCAAAAAUAUGUAAGGAAGGGAGAAAUCCUAUCUAUCAUCCUGCUGAUGAUGGGGAGUCGACAGCUUUGUAUUCCUCCACAGAUGAUCAUUCUAUAUACGUAAAUGAAUACAGAGCUGCAGAUAGUAAAAAUCCGCUGUAUGCUGCAGGAGUUUCCCCCGGGGGCUCUAACGAGUAUGCCGAACCCGAUACAUCUCAGAAUCAAGAGGUUGUUUACACUGAGCCCGAUGUAUGAAUGUCCAAUAGAGAAAUUCUAUCAAACAGAUGAAAUUUGACGUAGAGCACAGGUUGUUCAGAGGUCUUAAUCGAAAUCUUGUAUAAUCGUAUCAUUUAAUGAACGUCACUUAUAGAAAAACAUUCUACGUAAAAUAGCGUGCUCGUUUUUGCUCACUCACACUCACUGAGUGCGACAUAUAGAGAUCUUUCUUUCACAAAUCAAUCGCAAACUUAUUUCUCCAUCGAUGGCAAGAUUUAUGGAAAAGUAAUUUGUGGAGUAAGUUAUGAGGCGAUUUUAAAGCCCCACUCAAUGACUGUGAGUGUGAGUAAGCUUUUAGAAUACAGGCGUAUGUUUGGAUACUUUCGUACAUAGGUUUACAUGAUAUGGUCAGGCCUUUUUAACUGACGCUUGACGAUUUUUUGGUUUUAAACAACUAAACGUCUUGAAUUGGAUUUUUGUCGUGCAAUAAAUUACUAGUUCAACUUUUUUAAUUGUACAAUAAUUGACGAUGAAUAAUUCAAAACUUACUAACAUUAUUUAUAAAUCAUUGCAUAAAUAAUAUACUUCUAUAGCUGAAAUGUCAUUGUACGUAUAUAUCUCUUUUUUCUUACGACGUUUGCGAUUGCUUAUUUAUCAUUUUAGCAUUAAAGGAAAGCAAGCACGACA